GUGAUGAUAGUGAUUCUAAAUGGCAGAUGAAGGUGCAGUGGCGACAGAUGGCCACCAGGUGGUGCUGCAGGAUGAAGAUCAAGCUCCUGCUGAGGUUCAGACAGAUGUCCUGAGGAGGACCUUCAGGUCAGGUCCAGCAGUAAGUGUUGAUCUGCCUCCUGGUCAGCUGUGAGGAGCAGCUGAAGAUCCGUAACACUGGACUGUGACCAGUAAGCAGACAUUCCUCAGGUUUUAGAACCAGUAUUUAUGGCCAGUACAUAGAACCAUGAAGUAUUCACCCUGGAGAUGUUCUCCAUGCUCAGUUUAAUUCCCAAAAGACUCAUGUCAAAGUGACAGCAGAUUUAUCCAUAGUAAUGUCAGUUAAUAAAAAUGAUUAAACUUGAAAUAAGUGACAGCAGACGUAGUGUUCACCUUCUAGUGUUUCAUAGAUCCUAACCCUUGGUCCUGUUGGUCUGAACAUCUGGACCUCCUUCUUCAUAAACUGUUAAACUCUGUCAGGUUCCUCAGGGAUCCUGAUCAACAGAACCUUUCAGGUCCACACUCUAGUUCUCAGGUGGACUGACGUCUGGACUCGGAAUGAUUGGUGUCCUCCAUAUUGUCUCGUCUGAUGGACAUUUUGAUCUUAUCAGAUUGAAGAACCUUCUUCCAGUUGACCUCAGAGUCACUAAGUCAAAGGUUCCCUCAGAGCAUUAAGAGAUAUCAGACACAGCUGGUGCCUUUCCUCUGACCUUGUUUAUAUUUUUGUCUGAUUUUUUUCAGUGUGAUCAGAAGUUCACGUCUGUGGUGGUUUUAUUGUGAAAGUCCGUGUGGUCAGCGUCGCAUUCUGUAGUUUUAUUCUGAAGGUGCAGCCGGAAGCUCCGUGCGUGUGCGCGGCUUCACGGUCUGGAUGCGGCAGCAGACAAACGAAGCGCAGCUUCGUUUCUGCGGAUUUUCUGAUUCUACCGGAGAAUCCUGCGUCUAACCCGGACCCUUACCGGGCCGAACCGAACACAGCCGACCUGAUCCGAACAGAGCCGAACCGAGCUGGGCCCGAAUAAAGACGGAGACGGAGACAGACGGCUUCAUCUCCUCCUGCAGAGCCGAGCGGAGUCUUCCUCACCGAGAUGCUGAGAUCGUGGUUCCUGCAGGAGAACCUGAUCCAGGAUCAGUGAUCUGCUCGGCAGAUCCAUCAUGGCUUCAGCACUACCACUGUGUCUGCUUGUCCUGCUGCUGCCUGUUGCCACCGGGCUGCAGUUGGAGGACUCAGAUGGUCCACUUUGUGCCUUUGCUGACGGACUGCAGGGGGCGGAGCGUGCUCCAACCAAUGAGCUGCGAGGAGUGGUUCAGGAGAACGGCACGAUUCAUUGCAGCCGCGGCUCUCGCUGCUAUGGAUUGUGGGAAAGACGAGGCGAUGGGGAGAUGCAGCUGCUGAACCAAGGUUGUUGGACCCACGUUGGACACCACCAGGAGUGUCACGGUGACCGCUGUGUCCUCGUGUCCCGGCCUCUGUCUGCGGUACUGAAGUCCAACUACCGCUUCUGCUGCUGCAGCCGCCACCUCUGCAACGCCAACUUUACCGAGGCCCCGCCCACUGCCGACACACCCGCCCUGCGGAUGAUGAAGCCGGACGUCCACGACGACGGGCUGACAGAUCACCAGCUGACACCGGAGGAGACGGCGCUUGUCGCCCUGGUGACUGUCGCCAUAGCAGCCAUCCUCAUUGUGGUGCUGUUCCUGGGAUACCGCAUGAUGAAAAGGAAACGGAAACACAACCUGUCUGCUGAGGAUGUGACGGAGGCAGGAAGCAGCCAAUCAGCUGUCGACCUGGAAAACCUGAAACUAAUGGAGCUGAUUGGUCGAGGCCGUUACGGCGCCGUGUACCGUGGAACCCUGAAGGAACGCUGCAUCGCUGUCAAGCUGUUCAGCUCGGCCAACCGGCAGAACUACGCCAAUGAACGUUCCAUCUACGGCCUGCCGCUGCUGCAGCAGCACGACAACAUCGCUCGGUUCCUGACUGCCAACGAGAACACGACGGCUGACGGACGGCCCGAGUUCCUCAUCCUCAUGGAGUUCUACCCUCAUGGCUGUCUGUCCCGCUACUUGUCCGUCCACACGGUGGACUGGUCCACCUGCUGCAGGAUGACUCACGGAGUCACCAGAGGACUGGCCUUCCUGCACACCGAGCUCUACAGAGCAGACCAGUACAAACCGGCCGUGGCCCACAGAGACCUGACCAGCAGGAACGUCCUGGUCCGAGCAGACCUGUCCUGCGUCCUCGCUGACUUCGGUCUGUCCAUGAGGCUGACAGGCAGCCGGGCCUGUCGCCACGGAGAUGACGACACCAUGACCAUAUCUGAGGUGGGGACGGUGCGCUACAUGUCUCCGGAGGUUCUGGGCGGAGCUCUGAACCUCAGAGACUGUGAGUCGGCGCUGAAGCAGGUGGACGUUUACGCUCUGGGUCUGAUGUACUGGGAGAGCUUCAGGAGGUGCAGCGACCUGUUCCCAGGAGAGGCUGUGCCUGACUACCAGCUGGCGUUCCAGGCGGAGCUGGGGAACCAUCCCAGCUUUGAGGACAUGCAGGUUCUGGUGGUCCAAGAGAAACAGCGGCCCAGGUUCCCUGAAGCCUGGAAGGAGAACAGUGUGGCGUUGCGCUCCCUGAAGGAGACCAUGGAGGACUGCUGGGAUCAGGAUGCUGAAGCUCGACUCACUGCUCAGUGUGCAGAAGAAAGACUGGCUGAACUCACACUGCUGAGUACACACACCUCAGUACAAAACCACAGGAACCUGUCUCAUGGCCGCUGGCCUCCUCAGGUUGGCUCUGCCUCCCCCUACAUUGAGGACCUGCAGGUGGGCAUGGUCAAGAACCUCCAGGGAGACGGACAUCCGACGUCACUCAUCAAGAUGACCACGAGUGGAGCAGAAGUUACCGAGAAGAACAGGAACCACGAACGUCAGCAGACUCGACCGUCAGAUGUUUCCGUCAUCUGCAGCGCCGCCAAGUCCCAACACAACGGUGGCGCCGGUCCGAGUGUCCCCGUCUGCCUGCAGCUGACAGAAAAAGACCUGGAGGCCACCAAGCUGGACCCCAAAGAGGUGGUUAAGAACCUGCGGGAAACUUCGGAUGAGAACCUGAUGGAACAUUCCCAGAAGAACUUUGGUUGUGACCCAGUUCAGACCAGCAGCCUCCUCUACCAUCAGCUGCUGCACCGCUCUGAGGCUGAACCAGGAGUCUUCAUGGAUCCUCCUCCAGCCUCCAUCCACCACCUGCCCAAACAGCAGAACCUGCCCCAGAGGCCCACCAGCCUCCACCUGCUCCCCAAAGCCAAGGACAGCAGCUCCACCUCGUCUCGGCAGAAGCUGGGGAAGUUCAAGUCCAACCACCGACAGGUGGAAACAGGUGUUGCUAAGAUGAACACGGUGAUGGUCGCCGCGGCUGCAGAGCCUCACCUGGUAACCACGGUUACCAACAGCACGAGAGGAAGCGCUGCCACUGGUAAAGACGUCCACGCUGUCCCGGCGGUCGCCAGCGGCUACAGUGUAGGCGUCUCCGCCCUGGUGACCAACGGGAUGAUGGGCGGAGGUUGGACCAACCCGGCCGGACCGCAGGUGGAGGACGAGGACCAGAUGGAGGACACGGCCAGCAGAGGAGACAACCGCCUGAUCCUGCUCAACUUCAGUCCUGAUGAACACGAACCUCUGCUGAGCAGAGAGCAGCUGCCCGCCAAGAGCAAACCUCUUCAUCAUCAUCAUCAUCAUCACGGCCGAGCUGGAGGCAUCCUGUCUGGACGAGGAUCCAACUCCAACAACAACAACAACCGGUUAGCACCGCCCGUACAGGUCCAGGGUUCAGAGGUCCAGCCUGAAAGGACAAUGCCCUCUGAGGUCCGAGGAACCAGCAGUCCUGAUCCUGAACCACAACCAGACAGUGGACCUCCUACCACCGUAGGUAACCACGAAGGAUCAGAUCCUGGUCUCCAGAAUGAUUCAGCAUCAGUGUUGGCUUCUGGAUACACCCAAAGUCCAGAAGAUCAACAGGCCCCAUCUGGCUUCACUGCUGAGGUUCCUCACUGCAGAGACUCUGGUUCAACAAAAGCACCAGCAGACCAAACCUCAUUUUCAAAAGAUACGCUAACCCUCCCUCAGAAACCUGCGUCACCAGAAACUCCAGCCCGAGAAGCUACAGCCUCAGAAGCAGAAGCUAAAGCCUCAGAACCAGAAGCUAAAGCCUCAGAACCAGAAGUUUCCCUGGAGGUGUCAGAAACUCCAGCUUUAGAGUGUCAGGAUUUAGAAACCACUUCUGUUGGAGAAGCUUCAGUGCCAGAACCUGCAGCUCUACUAGGUCCAGCCUUAGAACCACUGACACCAGUUCUGUUGCAGUCUCACGUGGGACAGACCAAAGCCAGGAGACCAGAGCGUCCCUGUUCUCUGGACCUGUCCUCAUCCUGUAUCUCUUCAGAUGAUGUCUCCGUGGUGGACGUCGGCAGUCUGAGUGCCUCAGGAGAGAAGAUAAAACGCCGUGUCAAGACUCCAUACACUCUGAAGAAGUGGCGUCCGGCCUCCUGGGUCGUCUCCACGGAUACGUCCCUGGACCCGGACUUCAUCUCCAGUAGCAGCAGCAGUCAGAUCUCCAGUGGUCUUCACAGAGCAGGAAGCCUCGGCAUCCCCAGAAUCAACCAGUCCAAAUCCAGCAUGGCGGUGUUUCUGGUGGGGGGCGGAGCCACGGCCACCACGACCUCCGAGCCCGAUGGGAUGACCUGCUUCUAAAGAGCGGUCACAGCUUCCUUCUUUCCUUACAGAUUAGUUUCAUUGUCUUCCUUCUCUUCUGUUGUAAAGAAAUCGCAGUUAUCUGCACCAUUCGGCAUCCCCAGUCAAACCAAAGGCUCCAGUGAAGAUCGAAGCUUUCUGAUGGAGUCAAACCCACUUUAAGGUGUGUUCAUGGAGUUUGGAUUUUUUCUGAAGAACUCCUGCUGAUCGACUGUUUUACCAGGAUUCAGCCUGAAUGCCUGCGAUGUCCAGAAUAUUUAGAAGAAUCUCCUACAUCUAGAUGUUUGUUUCCAGUCCUAACUGUUUUUCUGACUGGUAGGCGGAAUCAGGUGUUUGUGGGUGGGGCCUAAAGGUCUUUAUGGGUCCACAUUCUGCUCCAUCUGAUCAGGUUUUACUGCUGCAGAUCCUGGUUUGUGUGUUGAUACCUGAAUGGAUCUGAGUGGAACAGCAGAGGGUCGGUUCAGGUGACGGUUCCUGGAUCAGCCUCUAAUUUUUCAGUUUCUACGUUAACUCAGAAUGACAACAACGAUAAACCAUACUGGCAACGGACACCAUGACAAAGAAUUCUGUAGCAGUCAAUGACCUCUAACCAGAGUUCUGGUUGGAGGUCAUUAACUGCUACAGAAGUCUUUGUCAUGGUGCCCAUUACUGCUAAACUCCCAUAGUGAAACCUCUGCUGUCAUCAUCCAGAUCUUGGUGCUGCGGAUUUAAUUGGUCAAACAGCUGAUGUUCUGUUUCCCUCUGCUCGUGUUUUAGAUGCAGACCAACAAACUCCAAAAUAAUAUUAGAACCUGAAUCCAGCAGCCUUCGGGCAGCUCUGCUUUCUGUCCUGAAACAGCAGCAGGUGGAAACAGCACCUUCAGACUUUGGAAUGAAUUUGUCUUUAAAGCAGAUGAUUAGCGUCGGGGUUUCUUUAACAGUGAAGGUUCUGGACCAGGCGAAGAACUUCAGGAUCUCAUGUUGUUGGUAGAAAGGUUCAGGAAAAAGAACAAACUCUCCAUCUCAAGUUAAAGAAAAAUCCUCUUUCAGUAGAAGUCCACAGCAGCAGAACGUUGUUUGUUCCUCAGACUGGUGUUUUAUUAGAUUAUUAUGUCCAGUAGUACAUAGCUUUAUUCAUAGUUUAUUAGUAUAUAAGAACACUUUAUUCAUGUUUCUGGACUAUUUAAAUUAAUAUAUUUUGCACAUUUUGAAAACAUUUUAGAGACACUUUAUUGACAUUUUGACACUUUAUUAAUGUUUUUAGUCUUUCAACAAACUUUUAAACAUUUUUAGACACUACUGAAUUUUAGUCACAUUUUAUUAAAACAUUUGGGCCAUUUUUUAAUAUUUGUGGAAUAUUAUUUUUCAUAUAUUUUGUCAAUACUUUGGGGGUAUUUCAUCUUCAGGAUUUUUUUCUUUAUAUUUUCAGUCAUUCUUACUGUUGGAGCUGCUUUCCUCUCCUCUACAUCCAGUUUAUAUUCAGCAGAGAAAUCUGAAGAAGAACAAACUAAGUUCUACUUUCGGUUCCUCUUCCAUCUGAAUUUCUGCUCACAUGUUGGAUUAUUGGAACAUUUAUUGAAAUGAAGCGAAAUCUGUUGAUUCAGAGAUGAGAAAUGAACCAACGGCUGCUUGGAAGAAGAAGAAGGUUUUAAACCUUUAAUGUGUUUCUGAGACAUCAGCUGGUAAAUGUAGAGGAAGGAGAAAUACUCAAAUACUGAAGUACAGUACUUGAGUAAAUGUGCUUUACUUUCUGCUGCUGUCGACUGAUCAGAGAUUUAUUGAAACUGUUUUUGAAGCACUUUAAUCAGAGUUGGGCAGUUUGGAGGUCUGAGGAGCAGUUAGUUUCUGUCUGAAGCAGUGAAUCCAGCGCUGAAGCAGCUUCUGAUGCCUCCUAAAGUCCAACAACUGGUCUAGAAUCAGUUUAUCAGAAUCUAAACUGGUCCAGAAUCAGUUUAUCAGAAUCUAAACUGAUCCAGAAUCAGAGUUUAAACUGGUCCAGAAUCAGUUUAUUAGAGUCUAAACUGAUCCAGAAUCAGUUUAUCAGAGUCUAAACUGGUCCAGAUGAGACUCCUGCUCAGUGUCCGACUCAGAAAUACGUUUCCGUGAACUUCGAGUGGUUUUCAGAGAUCUGAAACCAGUGAGUUCCUCCACAAACUGUGAAUCCCAACAACAGAACCCACAGAAAGUUAGAACACUGGGAUGAACUGCAGGCAGUGUUUCCUCAGAGAGACUGAGAGGAAAACCAAUCAAAUAAAUGCAGCACAAACUGAGAACAGAGGAGCGAGUAGCUGAAGAUCCAUCCAGCAUGGAGGAACAUCUACAGAUGAUGGUAAAACAUCUACAGAUGACGGUGGAACAUCUACAGAUGAUGGUGGAACAUCUGCAGGUGCUGGUCAAACAUCUACAGAUGACGGUGGAACAUCUACAGAUGAUGGUGGAACAUCUGCAGAUGAUGGUCAAACAUCUACUGAUGAUGGUGGAACAUCUACGGAUGAUGGUGGAACAUCUACAGAUGAUGGCCAAACAUCUACAGAUGAUGGUGGAACAUCUACAGAUGAAGGUGGAACAUCUACAGAUGAUGGUGGAACAUCUGCAGGUGCUGGUCAAACAUCUACAGAUGAUGGUGAAUUAUAUACAGAUGAUGGUGAAAUAUCUACAGAUGAUGGUGGAACAUCUACAGAUGAUGGUGGAACAUCUACAGAUGAUGGUGAAACAUCUUCUACAGGUCUGGAGAGGAACCGUGGAGAUGUUUGACUCCGUUAAUGAGUGUUUUCUAACUUCCUGUUGGUUUGGAUCUUCAACAGAUGUUUGGGGUUCCUUCAUCCUGUAGCACAUCUGGACUCAGACUGUUUCUAACCUGUUGAGUGAAUGUUUUGUUUUUUUAUGAGUCGGUGUGUCUGAAGCUGUUGGAUCAGCUGUUUGUCCAACAUUUGAACAUCAGGACCAUGAAUCUGGAUCUCCAGAGCUUCUACCCGUUUAGAUGUUGUUCUUCUCACACUUCUGUUAAAUGCCACAUUUUCUGAAUGGAGUUUGGUUUGACAUUUUCAGGAGUAAAUGGACCAGAGCUGAUUCUAUGUUUUUAUAAGACUUUUCUCUGGAGGUUGGACCUGAGGAUGGAUCGGCUGCUUUUAUAAACCCCAGUUGUGAUCCUUCAGAUGUGUCUUUGUGUGUUCCAGCUCCUUUAAUGUGCAGUUUGUAGUGAAAGCCUUACACCCUCCUGAUGAGAUCCUACUGUUCCUCUACUGCCUUCUACUGCAUAGCUCUGUGUGUUUUCUACACUUUGUACUGUUUUUACUGCAGAUCUGCUGUGAGAGGAUGAACCUACAUCAUCCCAGGAAGGACCUGAACACGGUUAGAUCUGCUGAGAGUCCAUCAUUUACUGGCUAUUAAUUAACUCUGAUUGAAGCAAAUCUGAAAAGUAGGAAUCACGUGGAACCAGAAAAGGAGAUUUGAUGCAUUAAUGGAACAUUUAAAAUUCAAACUGUGUUGACUGAUUCUUUACAGCUCCUAGUUUCUGCAGUUAUUGUUCAGAGUCAGAAAAACAAACGUCGACUCACUGGAGACCAAAUAACUGCUGCUGACUGAACACAACAACCCACGUUUAAAAGGACUUCCUGUGCUUUUUUCUGCCAUUUAUAUAACGCUGGAGGUUCAGAUAAUGUUCUAAAAAUUUUCAAAAGUCUUAAAACAUUUCAGCAAAAACUUUUCAGGCGGGAAGUUGUGGUCCAUCUUUAGCAACGGUUCAGCAAAUCAGCAACCAGCUCACAUCAGGAACUAGUGGUGAACUUCUGGCCAACUGUGAGGAAAAGUUAUCAAAUCCAGUUUGUUUCUACAGGAUGCUUUAAAGGAGCUGCAUACAUCAUAAAACUGUUCAAAUCUGUUUGUAAAAUAAAUACAAAUAAAAUGCUAAAAAAAAAUAGAAGAGAAACUGGUAAGAUCAGAUUCUAAAAUAAAACAGGUAUGAAAGAGUAAAAUCUGAAAGAUCAUUUGUUCUUCUAAAGCAGAAUCACAGUGAGGAGCAGUCAGACCAUUCUACAGAGUUACAGAACAAUAAUGAGGUGUAAUCAGACUAUUCUAUAGAGUUACAGAAUGUUAAUGAGGUGUAGUCAGACCAUUCUACAGUUGCAGAAUGAUAAUGAGGUGUAAUCAGACCAUUCUACAGAAUUACAGAAUUAGGAUGUGUAAUCAGACCAUUCUACAGAGUUACAGAAUGAUAAUGAGGUGCAAUCAGACCAUUCUACAGAGCUACAGAAUGAUAAUGAGGUGUAAUCAGACCAUUCUACAGUUACAGAAUUAGGAGGUGUAGUCAGACCAUUCUACAGAGUUACAGAAUGAUAAUGAGGUGCAGUCAGACCAUUCUACAGAGUUACAGAAUGAUAAUGAGGUGUAAUCAGACCAUUCUACAGAGUUACAGAAUGCUCUGUCACUGUGUGAGAUGAAGAUUUUUGUGGGUAAAAUAGUGAAAUAAUAUUGAGCAUUAUAGGUUCCCUUUAAUACUGAAACAGUUUAUUAAGCUAAUUAAAACAAGAAAACAAUGUUUAUGUCUCAUUUUAUCAGAAUUAUUUUUUUAAAACUACUAAAAAUAAGGAGCAGGCUAACAGAAUAACUUACUUAGUAGCUCGUUUUUUGUUUUUUUUUUGUUUUUUUUUUUUAAAAAAAAGCUGAAAUAUCACUGCUGUAAGUUUUAUUUUCCAUCGUGUGAAUGUGGACUGACUUUAAACUGACCAGUAGGAGCUGUUGUUUUUGUUGAGUGGUGAGCUGAUGAUGUCAUUUCCUGUAGCUGAGAAGGCGUCCCGUGACGUUGAACCUCCUGCAUGAAGCUUCACUCACAUGUUGAGCAGCUCAGACAGCUGUGGAGCGUGUAGAUAGAAACCUGAUAUUUACCUGGUUCUGUGGUAUUCACGUGUAUUUCUGUACUAUAGUCUGAGUAGUGUAAAUACUCUGUACUGCACAUUGUGUACUUUCAUAUAGUGUGGUAUUCUGCACACAGCUGCAUGAACAUUACCCAUCAGCCUCAUGUUGUAUCUCCAUGUAGAGUUCAUCAUUAAAAAAUAAAGUGCAGAACCUCCA